UAAAGGUUUCGUCUUCGUCUACUAGAACCUGCAAGACCUAGUUUCCUGUUCUCUCUCAUUUACGUCUUUCAAAAGUGAAACAUUCAGAACUCUCUAUACUUGAUUAAAAUUAGAAAGUGUUAACUUUGAGUUAGAAUGGAGCCUCAAGAAGCAUUAAUAUGGAAAUCGGAGUCAUCAGAGUCUCCAGAAUCAAUGGUUUCUGUUAGAUUAGGAAGAGCCUUAACCAUUCUACUUGGCGCUCGUUCUAGAAAGCUCCACGACUCCAUUUCUCGCAUCUCCCCUGACUCUAACAAAAGACCUUCCCUUGGUUCAUUGGAGGAUUCCUUAUGGUUUCUGCACAAAUUCGUUAAAGAUGCAGUUGAGAGAGACCACAAAUUGGACGACAUUCUUAUUCCCAUAAUUCAACAUUCAUUGAGGAGCAAAGAUUUGAAGCAUGGUGGGCAAGCUUUGAUACUUAUAAAUUGGCUCUUUCAAGAUGAAUUUUUUUUCCAAGCUGUUGUUAGAAGUCUUGCUGAUAUUAUUGACAGAAAAGAUGAUCGUUAUAUAGCUCUUGGUUGGUGUAUUCUUAUACGUGGUCUUGUUGAGUACGAGAGGUUUGUGGAUCAUUAUACUCUGAACGGAAUAAAGGACAAUUAUUAUGCUUUGUUGAAGAUACUUUGCUCAUGUGUCCCGUGUUUAUCACACUUAGUAUGCAGAGGAAGCACUUUGCAGGAUGGAUUUGAGUUGCCUUCACGCCUCUCAGUAUCUGCUGCUGAUUGUAUUUUAGCUAUCACUGAAGCAUUAACAAAAAAGAAUAAGGUUUCAAGUAACAAUCCAAAACUGUUGAAUUCAGAUGCAUUACAUCGGCCUAUUAGUCUUGUGCCAGCUGUUAGUAGAGAGAAGAAAGCAAAGCCAGCUCAUAAAUCAUCAGAAGAGUCAACCUUUGACAUGGCAUACUUGCUUUGGGACUUGAUAGGGGAACUUAUUACUCUAACACAGAGACUGCUUGCUUGGAGCAGAAAAAGUAGGCCUUUACAUGCCAAAGGGUUGGAGCAAGUGGUUAAAUGGUUGCAGGGAAUAAAAGGGCAGUAUAGUUGCAUUCAGGAUGAGGCAGGUCCCAAAUUCACUACAGGUGCAAACUUUCCUAAAGCUGGAGCCUUGCUUCUCUCUUCCUGUUGGAAGCAUUACAAUGUUUUGUUGCAUUUGGAAGAUCACAAUUUUCCUCAGCAUUGCAAUGAAUUAUUGGACCAAUACAUAUCUGGCAUCCAGUAUUAUACGGAUAGCCAUGCUGAGGGCAUUACAGAGAACAAGGAUGCUGGUGUAGAGACUAGAAAGUUUUUCCUGAACUGUCUAUGCCUUCUUUUGGGACGUCUUGAUGGCAAGAAAUUUGAAAGCAUAAUGUCAGAAUAUGGGAUGCAGAUAUCACGUAUUCUUUUAUCACAGCUUCACUGUGCUGAUGAAGAUGUGGUUGCUGCGGCUGUUUGCAUACUUAAGAAAUCCAUAUUUAAACCAAAUUAUUCAUCUGGAAAAGACCUCACAGACAGCAGACAGAUGGAUGUGUUGUUGCCUUCAUUGCUUAACCUUCUAGAUGAGAAUGAUGGCAUAGCUAGAGCUGUUGUUAUGCUUAUAGCAGAAUAUUGCUCCAUGAGCAUAAACAAUAACUGUUUGAAACAAGUUCUGAAGCGCCUUGCUUCUGGAAAUGCUUCGCAGAGAAGGAAUGCUAUUGAUAUUGUAUCACAACUGGUUUGCAUGUCAUCAGACUCGGCAAACAAACUUUCUGAUUUGACAUGGCAAGAUAUAGCAAACAACUUGAUAGAACGCCUUAGUGAUGAAGAAAUUGCAAUUCGUCACCAAGCAUCAAAAUUGAUUUCAAUGAUAGAUCCAUCAUUAGUUAUGCCCGCCUUAGUUCACCUUCUGUACUCAUCAGAUGAAGGAUUGUCAUAUGCUAGUACUGCUUUCACUGCAAUGCUCCAAUAUCAUAACCAGAAACCUGAAGUUAUAUGUAUGCUGCUUGAUUGCCUUAGCAAUAUCAGACUAGAUCUAGAUCUUUCAAAAAGUGCAGAUGAUCUAAGGGAAGGACCAAAGUUGGAUAUUGAUCGAGUACUCAUGUUGAUGCCAGAAUGGUCUAAAAGUGUUCAAGACUGGAACUCCAUGAUUGGACCAUUGAUUGACAAGAUGUUUGCUGAACCAUCAAAUGCAACUAUUGUACGGUUUUUGAGUUAUAUAAGUGAGCACCUAGCGGAAGCUGCAGAUGUAGUACUUCAUCGAGUCCUAUUGCAGAUGCAGUCACAGAAAGGGAUUAAAAAAGGCCUCUUGUCCAGAUGGGAGAGUAAAUCCUGCCAAAAUGAGGACUUAAUGGGAAUGCAGCAAUCUUUGUUUGAGCGCCUUUGUCCAUUACUUAUAAUUCGGCUGCUUCCUCUGAGAGUUUUUAAUGACCUCAAUUCAUUUAUUAUGUAUGGUCAACUUCCCGUCCAAGGCAUUACUCACGAAAACAGAGAUGUCAACAAUUUUGAUGACUGUGUUGCUGCAUUCCUUCUACAGAGGGCAUUUAAUAUGUAUGAAUUUGAAGAUGUACGAAAACUUGCUGCUGAGCUUUGUGGCCGCAUUCAUCCACAGGUGCUCUUUCCCAUUGUUUCCUCCCUAUUAGAAGAUGCUGCUAAAUGCGAAGAUGUUCUGAUAAUAAAAGCUUGUCUUUUUGCCAUUUGCACUUCGCUUGUGGUUAGGGGAAGGGAGUCAGUUUCUCAUCCUAUUAUUAUCCAAAUCAGAAAAACAAUAGAAACAGUUCUGCUCUGGCCGUCUUUAGAUGGGGAUGAAGUUUCCAAAGCACAACACGGAUGCAUUGACUGCCUGGCACUGAUGAUAUGUGCUGAACUGCCAAAUCUUGAAUCAUUCAAGAACUCGGAGAAGUUCAGCCUUCUUGGGAAGACCAGUUAUGCGGGGAAUUCUGUCUCAGGGAACUCCAUCCUUGCUUAUGUAAUCCAUCAACUGACAAGCGAUAAGAAUGAAGUUCCUGUCUGCACAUUAACUAGUGAAAACUGUGAACAUGAUGCGCCAGUUCUUUGUUCUUUUCGUCUUUGUAUGGCUAAUGUUCUCUUAAGUGCUUGCCAGAAGCUCUCAGACUCUGGCAAGAAACUCUUUGCUCGAGAAACUCUUCCAAGGCUGAUUAGCUCUGUUGAGGUGAUAAAGCAUGCAGAGAUUAGAGCUGCUUGUGUUCAGGUUCUCUUUUCAGCCGUAUAUCACCUAAAGUCUGCAGUCCUACCGUAUUCAGCUGAUCUUCUCAAACUCUCUCUUAAUUUUCUUCAAACAGGAUCUGAGAAGGAAAAAAUGGCAGGUGCAAAGCUAAUGGCAUCUCUAAUGGCCAGUGAAGAUACCAUUUUGGAAAGCAUAUCGAAAGGAUUGCUCGGAGCGAGACAAGUGCUCUCGAGGAUAUCUGCUUCAGAUCCUUCAAAUGACUUACAGGUAGUAUGCAAAAAGUUGCUAGCCUGCAUAACUUCUCCUUGAGUUCGUAUGAAGUAUGCUGCUCCACUUGUACAGAAGAACACCUUAAAUUCAGAUCCUUUGAAAGGAAAAAACAAUCAGAUCCUUGAAUUUAUCAUGUUUUGUCUGUGAAGUCUCAUAAAGCUUAGUAGAAUAUUUGCAAAAUAUACUACAAGUAAAAUUUUCAUAUAUUUAUUUCCUUUUUUUUUUUUU